AUUUUUUUGACAACUGCAUCUAAAAAAAAAACCCAUAUGACAAAUGACUUUCAUUGCUGCCAACCAUCCUGUACACAUUUUUGUGUGUCCGCGGUCUCUCCACUGUUAUUAAAAAAAAAGUAGUUUUUUUAUUUUAUCUUCAACGAAAUUAAACUCAUUUUUUUAAAUUUAGAAUAACAAAUUCAAUUUUGAAAUAAAGGUAAAUCCCCAAGUGUUGACCAAACAGCAGAAGAUUUCCAACCACAUCCAACACACACAAGUUUUCUAAUAAAAAAAAAAAUGGAAUGUAACCCAGAAGUAACGGCCUUGGUUAACGAACUAGCCCAAGCCAUCGAAAUAAUCAUGGACCCAAAUACAAGACAUCAAUCCCGCAUGGAAGCAUAUGUUGCUUGUGAACGAUUUAAAGAAGCUUCCCCUCUUUGCGCACAAGCUGGCUUAUAUCUAGCUGGCGGCGGACAAUAUAGCAACAAUGUUAAACAUUUUGGUAUGCAAUUAAUCGAGUAUACAAUUAAAUUUAAAUGGAAUGGCAUUUCACAACAAGAAAAGCUAUUUAUUAAAGAGAAUGCCAUGAAGCUGCUUUUAUCUGGAAUUGGUCCUGCGGAGGAUAAAAGUCUGACACAUUUAAAAGAUGCAUUGUCUCGAAUUAUCGUUGAGAUGAUUAAGAGAGAAUGGCCACAACAAUGGACGACUUUAUUGUCUGAAUUGUCUGAUGCAUGUUCCAAAGGAGAACCACAAACAGAAUUGGUUUUAAUGAUAUUUCUAAGACUUGUUGAAGAUGUAGCUUUGUUACAGACUAUUGAGUCGAAUCAGAGAAAAAAAGAUAUCUAUCAGGCACUGACAGUGAAGAUGAAUGAGAUAUUUGAGUUCUUUCUGAGGUUGAUUGAACUGCAUGUGACUUCGUUUAGAGAAACCACAGCUGUUAACAAUAUCCAGAAAGCUAGUGCUCAUAGUCGAGUAGUUGAAAUGGUUUUAUUAACCUUAACCGGGUUUGUAGAAUGGGUAUCAUUCAAUCACAUUUUUUGCCAAGAUGGCAAACUCCUCUAUAUUCUCUGUGUCCUCUUGACCGAUCCGGCUUUCCAAGUCAAUGCCGCUGAAUGUCUAUCUCAGAUAGUUAAUCGAAAAGGACAAGUCAAAGAGAGAAAGCCACUCCUCCUGCUUUUCAGUGAAGAAACAGUCAACUAUUUAUACAGAUCUAGCCAAGAAGUGUCUCCAGAGACAAACAUCGAGCAAAAUCACUUGUUCCUUAAAAAGCUCAUCAAUGUCCUCACCGGAUUAGCCCAUCAAUUAGCUGCUUUGUGGAACAAAGAGGCUACAUUUCAACGUCCUGUAUAUUUUGGGGUAUUCCUCGAGACUAUAUAUCUUUUAAAUAAACAUCCCAGUUUAACAGUUGCUCAUGGAGCUACUUUAAUUUGGAAUGUUUUGCUAAAACACGAUCAAAUAUCGAAAGAUCCAUUAUUCAUUGAAUACAUUCCAAAAGUUAUUGAAGUUGUUGGUCCAAGGGUAAUCAAAAUUUGUUACCCCGCGGAGAGACCAACUAUAUUUAAUGUCUCUACAGAGACAUAUUUGUGUAUGGAUUAUGAUUCUGAAGAGGAAUUUACUGUGUUCUAUCAUCGCUGCCGUGCUGAUUUUUUGGAAAUAUUCCGACAGGCUACACUUAUUGCUCCAUUAAGGACUUUUGCUUAUUGUGAAAAUUGGUUGAAUUUAAGGUUGUCGAAAGCGAGGUCGGAAAGUCUAACUAAUUGUAGUAUCCAUGAUCCGAUUUAUAUGGAAUGGGAAGCUCUGGUUGCUGUUUUGGAUGGUGUUUUAAGUCGGAUUCUUCUAGUUACUGAACGGCCAUCGGUACAAAUUGGAUUGCGGCUACUUGAGGACUGCCUGAAAGCGGAAAGUAAUGAUCCUUUGAUACUAUCUGUUUUAUUAUCCUGCAUUUCAGCACUUUUUGUAUUCCUGAGUAUGUCAUCGUGUCAGAUUAUCUCGGGUAAUUGUGUAGCUAUGAGUGGGGUUUCUUUACUGCCUCGGGUUUUAGAGAAAAUUUUUGCAGCCCUGGUAUUCAAAAAUCCCAAUGAAGCACCAGGAAUCAUGUUGAAAAACGCACAAUCACAGGCAGCGAAAAAUCUACGACGGCAUGCUGCUUCUUUAAUGGUCAAAUUGGGACAUAAAUAUCCACUUCUCCUUUUGCCGGUUUUUGAGCAAAUUUGUUCCCAUGUCAAUAGUCUUGUCCGGCAACCACAACAAAUCAGUAAACACGAGCAGUACACAUUGCAUGAAGCUCUACUCCUUAUAUCGAAUCAUUUUUGUGAUUAUGAGCGACAGACUGCUUUUAUAGCUGAAAUCACCCAAGAAGCCCAAGUCAAUUGGUUAACACUUAGUCCAGUUUAUAAAUCUGUUGUAGAUUUCAUGCACUUUAUUGGAUUGGAUAAAACACCAGUUGAUAUCGAAUCAGAUCCAUGUUCACCAAAUCGUGGGAAAGUUCUGGACGCCCUCAAUUCAAUACUCGGUGUAAUAAAACGAUGUUCCUGGCCAGAUGAUCCGGAUCGGGCAUCACGUGGUGGAUUUGUAAUUGGAUUCACUGAAUCUGGGAAUCCUAUUUGUCGUAAUCCAGCUACUAAACAUGUAGUACCUAUUUUGCCACAUGUUUUGGCAUUGUUGCGAGUACUCAAUGAAUGUUUCAAACCAGAGGCUUUGAAUUUACUAGCAGAAGGCUAUAAAUAUGUCCAUACAAUGUUGGAGCAUGAGAAGAAAAUGUUGAUGGGUGUUUCGCCGGUACUAAUUGAUCCAAUGGAUCCAACUGUGAAGAAGAUACCAACGGCCUUUGACAAGAUGCAGCAGUUCCUAACGAAUGUUUUUGAAGGAUGUUAUCAUAUGAUGGGAUCGGCGGGGCCAUCGUUAGGAAGAGAUUUAUAUCAAUUGUCGGGAAUAGCUGAUGCUCUUAUAAAUAGUACGUUUGCAUGCUUGGAAAAUGUACCAGACUACCGACUGCGGACAAUUAUAAGGGUUUUUCUGAAACCGUUUGUGUACUCUUGUCCAUCGGUGUGCUAUGAUCAGGUUUUACUGCCAAUAUUGGCACAUUUGACGCCAUUUAUGUUGUAUAGACUCACAGCUCGAUGGAGGUAUAUUACAUCUCUGUACGAAUCUGGAGAGUUGAAUGGGGAAGUAAAUGAUACACAAGAGGUGCUGGAAGAUAUGCUUAAUCGAACACUGACCCGUGAGUAUUUGGAUGUGUUGAAAAUAGCACUUGUAGGUGGUCAAAUUGUAACGGACCAAUCUGGGGGCAAUGUUGACGUUGCCAUGGACAAUGACGAACUCUCUAUGGAUGGGUCUUCACAUCCGCCCAGCCGUGCAACACAUGCAGCUCUCACUUCGGAGGUGAUUAGUGAUUUGGGUAUAAAGUUGCUGCGCAACCAGACAACGUCCAGUCCAAUACUCUUAACAAUUCUCAGUGCGAUUUCUUGGAAUGACGGCAGUUCCAGUUUAAAAGCUGUACAUUUAUCAGGACCUGUCAUUCGUUUCCUAGACAGUGAAAACUUACUUAAUUCCCAGUUGGCUUCAUCUAUCCUAACUUCUGUGCUGCAGGGUCUACAAGUGCAUGGAGUGCAUGAGGCUAAUCAGUCGUCUCUCAUAACCUUGGGUGUGCAGGUGUUUGAGAAUUUGCGUCCUAAAUUCCCAACAGUUUUAGAAGUUAUGCAUCAAAUUCCAAAUAUCAAUGCGGCAGAUCUUCAAAAGUUAGAUGAGAAAAUAUCGGUAGCACCUACCAAAGGUAAUAAAGUGGAAAAAGUCAAAAAAGAUUUAUUCCGUAAGAUUACAGCACAGCUGAUUGGUAAAAGUAUAAAUCAAUUGUUUCGUCAAGAAAUUCAAAUAGCAAAUUUGCCAACAAUGCCAUCUAGCAAUCGCAAUUCAUUGAAUACGAAUAUAUUUGAUUCGAAUCAAGAUAGUGGAAUUUCGAAAUUAUUUUUACCACCUAAGAGUGUUAUAUAGAAAUUAUUAUGAAAAGGAUUUUGCACACAUACAAACACACUACACACACACAUAUAUGAGAUCCAGAUUGUUUUUUAAUUUACAAAACUUUUUAUUAUGCCGGGUUAAAAAAAAAAAAAACAAAACAAAAUACGAAC